CUCCGAGUUUCCUUGUGGCGGCGGCCGCUGCAGUCUCCGCUAGCGGACGGGCUUCCGCGUCGCUGCUGAAAGGGAAAGAGAGCUCGGCCUCCGCGCGGAUGGGGAGCGGCGGUUGCGAAAGAGGGCGGCGGCCUCCUCCUCCUCAGCAACAGCAGCAGCAGCAGCGCCGGUCUCUCUGACGGGGCGCCUUUCUUCUCGGGAGGGAAAGAAAACUCGCAGGCUGGGAGCCGCCAACCCGCCCGCCCGCCGGACGAGGGGAUGUUGCGCUGGAUCCGGCAGCAGCUGGGUUUUGACCCACCACAUGAGAGUGAUAAUCGAACUAUUUAUAUUGCAAAUCGUUUUCCCCAGCAUGGCCAUUAUGUUCCUCAGAAGUUUGCAGAAAACAGAAUAAUCUCCUCUAAGUAUACUGUGUGGAAUUUCGUGCCCAAAAAUUUAUUUGAACAGUUUAGAAGAGUAGCCAAUUUUUAUUUUCUUAUAAUAUUUUUGGUUCAGCUUAUGAUAGAUACUCCUACUAGUCCAAUUACUAGUGGAUUGCCAUUGUUUUUUGUUAUAACUGUGACAGCCAUAAAGCAGACACACAUUGCAGUCCCAGAAACUGCUGUGUUGCAGUCAGUUGCCAAUCUCGACAAACUUGUAGCUGUUAUUGAAUGCCAGCAACCAGAAGCAGAUCUUUACAGAUUUGUUGGGCGUAUAACCAUAAGUCAUCAAAUUGAGGAAAUAGUACGACCACUGGGACCCGAAAGUCUUCUACUUCGUGGAGCAAGGUUGAAAAACACUAAAGAAAUUUUUGGUGUUGCUGUGUAUACAGGAAUGGAGUCAAAGAUGGCAUUGAAUUAUAAGAGCAAAUCACAGAAACGAUCAGCAGUAGAGAAGUCUAUGAAUUCUUUUUUGAUUAUCUACCUAAUAAUCCUCCUUUGUGAAGCUGUCAUAAGUACAAUACUGAAGUAUGCCUGGCAGUCUGAAGAGAAGUGGAAUGAACCUUGGUAUAACCAACAAACUGAUCGUGAAAGAAACAGCAGUAAGAUCUUGAGGUUCAUUUCAGAUUUUCUUGCUUUCCUGGUACUUUACAACUUCAUUAUACCCAUUUCACUUUAUGUGACUGUGGAGAUGCAGAAAUUUCUUGGGUCUUUUUUUAUUGGUUGGGACCUUGAUCUCUAUCAUGAAGAAACAAAUGAAAAAGCUCAAGUAAAUACAUCAGACCUGAAUGAAGAACUGGGACAGGUGGAGUAUGUAUUUACAGAUAAAACUGGCACACUGACAGAAAAUGUGAUGCAGUUUCGGGAAUGUUCCAUUAAUGGUCUCAAAUACCAAGAAAUCAAUUGCAGAUUAGUUCCCGAGGGAUUGAUAGAAGACUUUCCAGAUGGAGUACAGCCCAGUCUUACACAUGAGGAAGAACUCUUCCUGAAAGCUCUUUGUCUCUGUCAUACAGUGCAGAUUAAUAAUGACCAAACUGAUGGCAUUUGUGACAGCCCGUGGCGUAGCAAUGGCAUACCCUCUGAAUUGGAGUACUACGCCUCGUCCCCAGAUGAAAAAGCUUUAGUUGAAGCUGCUCGCAGGGUUGGUGUUGUGUUUACUGGGGCAGAUGCAGAAAGCAUGGAGCUUAAAAGCUGUGGAAAGCCAGAAAGGUACAAAUUACUACAUGUACUGGAGUUUGAUGCCAAUCGUAGGAGAAUGAGUGUGAUCGUAGAAAGUCCGUCAGGUGAAAAACUCUUAUUUACCAAAGGAGCAGAAUCUGUUAUUCUUCCUUCCAGUAAAAAUGGUGAGGUAGAAAAAACAAGACUCCAUGUGGAUGAAUUUGCAUUGAAAGGGUUAAGGACUCUUUGUGUAGCUUACAGAAAGUUCACAGAGGAGGAGUAUAAAGAAGUGGAGCAACGUCUUUUUGAAGCAAAAACGGCCUUGCAGCAACGAGAAGAACGGUUGGCAGAGGCGUAUAAUUUUAUUGAAAAAGACUUGGAGUUACUUGGAGCUACAGGAGUCGAAGACAAGCUGCAAGACAAAGUCCAGGAAACCAUAGAAGCUCUUCGGUUGGCAGGGAUCAAAGUGUGGGUGCUCACUGGAGACAAGCACGAAACAGCAGUAAGCGUUAGCUUAUCCUGCGGACACUUCCACAGAACCAUGAACAUCCUGGAACUAGUGCAGCACAAAUCAGACAAUACGUGUGCGGAGCAAUUGAGACAGCUCGCCAAGAGAAUAAAGGAUGACUACGUAAUCCAGCACGGGCUGGUGGUGGAUGGGACCAGCCUCUCCCUUGCCCUCAGGCAGCACGAGAAACUCUUCAUGGAGGUCUGCCGAAAUUGCUCUGCUGUGCUGUGCUGUCGCAUGGCACCCCUGCAAAAAGCAAAGGUUGUACGGCUGCUGAAAACAUCUCCAGAGAAGCCUAUCACAUUAGCUAUCGGUGAUGGAGCUAAUGAUGUGAGCAUGAUACAAGAAGCUCAUGUUGGCAUAGGUAUCAUGGGCAAAGAAGGCAGACAAGCUGUAAGAAACAGUGACUAUGCAAUAGCAAGAUUUAAAUUCCUCUCCAAGUUACUUUUUGUCCAUGGCCACCUUUAUUAUAUUAGGAUAGCAACCCUUGUACAGUACUUUUUUUACAAGAAUGUGUGUUUUAUUACGCCACAGUUUUUAUAUCAAUUCUUCUGCUUAUUUUCACAACAAACUCUGUAUGACAGCGUGUACCUGACUUUGUACAACAUUUGUUUCACUUCCCUGCCAGUCCUCAUGUAUAGUCUUUUUGAACAGCAUGUGCAUCCUCAUGUAUUGCACAGCAAGCCAACUCUCUACCGAGACAUUAGUAAAAAUGCCCACUUGGGCUUUAAGCCUUUCCUCUACUGGACCUUUUUGGGAUUUUUUCAUGCAUUUGCUUUCUUCUUUGGCUCCUAUCUUCUGAUGGGAAAAGAUACUUCAUUGUUAGGGAAUGGCCAGAUGUUUGGAAAUUGGACCUUUGGUACUCUGGUCUUCACAGUUAUGGUUAUAACAGUUACAAUGAAGAUGGCAAUAGAGACUCACUUUUGGACUUGGAUAAAUCAUUUUGUUACUUGGGGGUCCAUUGGGUUUUACUUCAUCUUUUCCUUAUUCUAUGGCGGGAUAAUCUGGCCGUUUUUGCACGCCCAAGACUUGUACUUCGUAUUUGUUCAGUUGCUGUCCAGCGGCUCUGCUUGGUUUGCCAUAAUCAUCAUAGUUGUCACUUGCUUAUCCCUUGACGUCGUGAAAAAAGUGUUGUACAGACACCUGCAGCCCACAAGUACAGAAAAAAUCCAGCUUACUAAGACAGCUCCAGGUGUCAACUGCCUGGAGUCCAUGUGUUGCUUCUCCGAUGGGGAGCCAGCCUGCGCAUCUUUUAGAAGAAUGCUGGAGCGAGUAAUGGGACGAUGCAGCCCCACCCGAGUCAACAGAUUGCAAAAGAAACGUUAUUCCCACUAUGCCAAAGAUGGCUUCCUUAAAUGUAAACUGAUUCUGUCCUUACGCUCUUGAAGAAUGAACCUUAGUGAUGAUCUGUUUUAAAACAAGCAUGAUUGGGUUUACCGGCCUUACAUUUUAGAAAGAGCGCUGAAUAAUAUUCCAGUUGGGAAGACAGAACUCAUGUUGAGUUGCUUCCAGUCGUGUGCGAUGGACGGAUCAGAACAACUAGAAGCCAGAGCAAUCCUUCCCUCGUCCAAAGGACUCUUGACUUCAAGACACUGUGGCCACCCCAUCAUCAUGUUAAGAUGCUUUGUGGCAAAAACAGUCGAAUGCAGCUUCCUGUACUGCUAUGUUAAUAUGUUGUUAUACAAAAAAAUUAUGGAAAUUAUAUUUAUUGAAUAAAAUCUUUGACUUUUUAA